AUAUUUGGUGUUAUGUUUUCAACGCCGGCUAGAACCGAGCGAGCGCAGAAGCACUGUGAUCACGCGAAUGAUUAUCGAUUAAUCUAAAAUCCAUUGACUGAGAAGCAAAUUAUUUGCGAUUUUUUCUACCUGGAAACAGAAGUCUUUAAAAAUUGUGUGGCCAAUGAGUGAAUCGAGUGUGAGACAGCGGAAGAAAACCUCGAGCGAUGGGAAACCUCGAAAGGUGAAGAUACCUCAACAGAGUGUUUCGGGAGUUAAUCAACACAACCGGAUGUGGGCACGGUUGGUGCUGAUAGUUGGAAUCGCUGUGGUCGUCUAUUUCACAACAUUUCGAACUAGGGAAAAGAAAUUUGCCACUCAACGGGAAUCGCUUGAACUGCGCACUCAGAAAUUAGAUUGCUCCAAGUUGUAUUUUGAAGAAAUUGCCAAAUACGCUGGAUGUAUUCCCUCGAACUGUGGACGUUUUGUCAGCGAUAAAAUAGUUGGCCCAGCAGAAGUUGACAUCCUACUGAAUCUUGCAAAAUCCGGUUUUCGUUUCGGUCAAUCUUCGGGAGGAGCUUCCAUUCUGGAUCUUCACUCGGGUGCCCUUUCGAAGGAAACACAAUUCAUUAACAUUUAUAAAAUCCCGGAAGCUAAGUCGAUAUUCUCCGCAGAGCAUAUUAAUACUUACAAACACGUGAAGGACAAAGUCCAGCAGGCUGUCAGUGAGAACUUCAAAAUUAACAAAGAGGCAUUGUACUUGACCCACCCGACAUUUUUCUCGAGACUGACCAACGAAUCUGCGAAAACCAUCCACGACGAGUAUUGGCAUCCGCAUGUGGACAAAGAGACCUACAACUCCUUCCACUAUACCACACUUUUGUAUCUGACGGAUUUUAGUAAGGAUUUCACCGGAGGGCGUUUCGUGUUCAUCGACAGUGCCGGUAAGCAUAACAAGACCCAUGUUUAUAUCGAGCCCAAGCGGGGUAGGGUUAGUGGGUUCACAUCCGGUGCGGAAAACCUCCAUCACGUGGAAGAGGUCAGCGCCGGGGUACGCUAUGCCAUUACAAUUUCCUUCACCUGCAAUAAGGAGCAUGCCAUGGGUGAUCCAAAGUUUUCUUUGGAUGAGGAUGAAGGGCCAGAAUUGAUUUAAAUUAGCUUGAGAUUCAUGUCGCAUCUAAUAGCUUACUUUUGUUUUGUAUGGACUAUAUUUCUUUGCUUAAUUGUUUCUGUUUUCCAGUGAUGUAGAACGUUUUUGAAGCAACCAUGAAGCGUGAUUUGUAGGUAUUUAUGAUCUAGUUGAAUGGGGCUUAAUUUGAUAACCUUUUUAUUCAUGAAUAUAUAAUGUUUAAAUGUAUUUACAUUAUAUCACUAUUCUAUCUCUUGUGCAAUUCUCAGUCAAAACUUUGAUACGGUAAUGGUUUUACUUAAAAAAAAAUAGAUAAAUACCUGCUAACUCAUGGUUGCUUUGAACAAAUUUAAUAAGUUACUGCAUUUAAGGUAAAAGUCUUACUUAACAAUGUAUUAUUCCUUAGCACAUUUUUUGCAACUUGAACCAUGGAACAAAAUGAGUAAGCACAUUGCUGAACAUUCCUAUCUUGAAUAUGUUCGGUAUAUAAUACUAGAAUGCACGACUAUUAACCAAGUAUUAGGUAGUUACCCUAAGGAGCAUUCCUAUUUACGAAUUCAAGUAUUAGUUAAUCAUUAAUUCAUAUUUUCCAUUCGAACAAAUUGAAUAGUACUUUAUUGAAUUAGUUUUGGUUUCUUUUGUUACUAGUAUUUUAUUGUGUUGAUAGUAAUUAUUUGUUCAAUUAGGGGAAUCAGUAUGUCAAUACAAAAAAGUUGUAUAAAAACUUAUAA